AUGAUAUCUGGAUAGUAUGACGAUGAUUAUUUGCGUCAUUUGGCUGAAUUAACUGAUAAAUGGAAUAAAUUGAAGGAUGAAAUAGACAGAAUGCCCAAAAGUAAAAAUAUGCCAAGUUAUUCACUUAUAGACGAUCUUGAGUAGUUCAAAGAUUAGAAACUCCCACUAGCUAGGAUUAAAAAGAUCAUGAAAUCCGAUGAGGAUGUGCGAAUGAUAAGUGCUGAAGCCCCCAUUCUUUUUGCUAAAGCUUGUGAAAUGUUUAUCAUCGAAAUGACUCAUAAAGCAUACUACUAUGCCAAGAAAAAUAAUAGGAAGACUCUUUAGAGAAACGAUAUAGCAGCUGCAAUCACUGAUACAGAAAUAUAUGAUUUCUUGCUAGACAUAAUGCCUAGAGAUGAAAUAAUAAACAAUGCUAAAGAUAAACAACUGAGCCAAGGUAUGCAGCCUUAAUCAUUAAUAGGAGGCAAUGCUGGUGUUUUAAAUCAUAAUCAGAUUCCCCCAAGUUCAAAUGCAUUUUCAUCGGUUAACGGGCGAAACUAAGGCAAUUAAUAAAUUUAAAACUAGGCAAUUGAGAGCGAGGACGAAUAGGAAGUAGAAAACGCUGAGGAUCAAAUUUAAGGUUCGGCACAAAAAUCUAAAAAAUCUCUAAACGGAAAAGAAGAAAGCAAAGACUAGGUCAUGAAAGGAGAUUAGCAGAAAAAGAGAGCUUGA